AUGAUGAACACUACAACCACCACAACGACCACUACAACAACACCAACGACAACAACAAAAGUUACUUAUAAACCGGUUCUUUAUCAUCAGCCCACGAAGCUUGAGGAGAUAUGUCGUAAACUCGUUUACUACCCACUUCUGGCUAAGCUCGCUAAAUGGAAAGGAAUUUGCCCGUUUAUUCCUUAUCCUCAUCAAUAUCAGAUCAAAGUCACACAAAAACCUACAAAAGCCAACAAUUAUCGUAAAACAUCUCGUCGUAAUAGUCUCCCAUCUCGCAUUUAUUCCUCCUCAACAUCAAUAACAACAACAACCACCUCUUCACCACCACCCACUACAAAUAACAAUAACAACAAUAUCGAUUUGAAAGUCGAUUUCAAAGUAACAACGCAAAAAAGCGCGCUGAUAUAUCGCAACAAAAUCUCAUCAAAAAUCGAUUUCAACCUUUCAAUAAAAAGCCGAUGA